AUCCAAUCAGUCGAAGAAGAACUUGUUCCAGCUCCAGUUCAUUACAUUAGAGAGCUUAAGGUGGAGACAGUAGACGUGUUUUAGCAUAUAAACGGAAAAAAUAUUGUUUAAUUAUGUACAGGGAAAGCAAUAGCGGAAAGACUGACAUGUAUAAGUGAGCUGAAGGACGUUUUCCUCAGCUGUCUUAACCCGUAUAUUUUUAUUUUAACUCUAGUUACGACGCUUGCUAGUCACCAAGCUAGCUUUGUAUAGCUAGUUUAGCUAGCUUAGUUGUCAGGGUUUUGUUUUAUUUUGUUUUCUGUGAAAGUGCCACCUUCCUUUUAACACAUGAGUGUGUCGCUGGUCGUCAUCCGUCUGGAAAUAGCCGACCAGUCUCCUUUUCCACAAGGUUUCCAGUACUCCGCUGUUGAAGGCAUGUCUGAGGAGGAGCUGCAGGAGAAAGCUCUGGGUUUAGCCAAACACACACUGAGUGGAAAGACCGACCUGGAAAGAACUGCUGUGUUGCACCAACACAUUGGCAGCAGAGCCAUGGGGGAUAUGGUCAUAGAAACAUUUGAGCCCAGUCCAGGAGGAAGUGAUGGGCAGCUUCAGGAUGCACAGGCCGAUGCAGCGAGUCAGGAGGGGAUGCAGGCUUCACAGGACAACACCACUGUGACCGGAACUGCUCCAGACUCCCCUUCUAAGCAGCUCCCAGACCAGAUUUCAUUCUUCAGUGGGAACCCAUCAGUGGAGAUCGUACAUGGCAUCAUGCAUCUCUACAAGACAAACAAAAUGACUUCACUGACUGAAGAUGUAAGGCGGAGUGCGAUGGUCUGUAUCCUGACGGUCCCAGCGACCAUGACCAGCCAUGACCUCAUGAAGCUUAUGGCACCAUUUAAUGAUGUCAUGGAGCAUAUGAAGAUCAUACGGGACUCCACGCCUAACCAGUACAUGGUUCUGAUUAAAUUCUGUUCCCAAGCUGAUGCAGACAGUUUUUACACGGCCUGCAAUGGGCGGCAGUUCAACUCUAUCGAGGAAGCAGUGUGCCAGCUGAUCUACGUGGAACGAGCCGAGGUUAUAAAGUCUGGGGAGGGAGCCAGUCUGCCGGUCAUGGAGCUGACGGAGCUGCCAAAGUGCACCGUGUGUCUGGAGAGGAUGGACGAGUCCGUUAACGGCAUCCUCACCACUCUGUGCAACCACAGCUUUCAUAGUCAGUGUCUGCAGCGGUGGGAAGAUGCCUCGUGUCCUGUGUGUAGAUACUGUCAGACACCAGAACCAGUGGAAGAGAAUAAAUGCUUUGAGUGUGGCGUUCAGGAGAACCUAUGGAUUUGUCUGAUCUGUGGGCACAUCGGUUGUGGUCGCUACGUCAGCCGGCAUGCCUACAAGCACUUUGAGGAAACUCAGCACACUUACGCCAUGCAGCUCACAAAUCACAGAGUCUGGGAUUAUGCAGGAGAUAACUAUGUGCACCGGCUUGUGGCCAGUAAGACAGACGGGAAGAUGGUGCAGUUUGAAUGUGAAGGAGACACCUGCCAGGCUGAGAAGAUCGAUGCACUUCAGUUGGAGUACUCGUAUCUGCUGACCAGUCAGCUGGAGUCUCAGAGGAUUUACUGGGAAAAUAAGAUUGUUCAUCUGGAGAAGGAGACGGCUGAGGAGAUCAACAACAUGAAGGCUAAAUUUAAGGAGACGCUGGAGCGCUGUGAUAACCUGGAGCAGCGACUGGGAGAUAUAAGCAAAGAGAAGCAGAACAUUGAGAAAAAGUGCACUCAGCUGAACAGUCGGGUGGCGAAGCUGAGCCAAGAGCUGAAGGAGGAGCAGGAGAUGAACCGCUGUCUGAGAGCCAAUCAGACGCAGCUGCAGACCCAGCUGACGGAGGAGGAACACAAAAGAAAGGAGAGCGGAGAGCGCAAGGACGUGAUCAUCACUGAGCUGCAGGAGCAGCUGAGAGACGUCAUGUUUUAUCUGGGAACGCAGCAGAAGAUGGAACAGCUGUCCUCAGAGGCUCGCAGUGAAAUCCAGGAGGGACAGAUCAACAUCCCUGCCAGCCCAUCGGACGAUGCCCUGGGCUCAGCAGGAGCCGGAGCCUCCUCUGGUCGGGGCCGGAGAGGCCGGGGCAGGAAGAGGAAGUAGGAGGAGCUCAGCUAUGAACCAUGGCGGCCUGUCGGUGUGGACACGUGUUCCCAGCCGAGUCCUGCUGUUUUCAUACCGUGUCCAUGUCAUCGUGGCUCAAGGCUCAGGAUUCGACUCAAGAAAAGCACGUGGUGCCGAUAUUUACUGCUGAGUUUCCAGCUUUAAGUUGAUUUGCCUGCGAGCAGGAAAGUGAUCAGUGUGUGUAAAUAUGUGCAGCGGUUUGCAGAGAUGAAGAGUGUCUAUUUUGGCCAUAAAUGGUAUUUAUUUGAUCAAAAAUAUCUUCAGUUGUGCUCAGUUUAAUACCAAACAAUAGAACUUCUUAUCAGACCCCCUGUUCUAUCUUCAUUUGUCACGUCAGCUCUGUUUUACGUAGAAUCCGACUCGUUUUCAGUAGACGGUGAAACUCUCACUCCUCAGGAUGGCGGAGGUGGACGGAUCAGAUCAAACCUGCUGCAACAUGUUGUCUUCUCUCAGCAGCGAGGUUUUUCUGUGGGAAAGUUCAGGGAAAGAAGUCUCGUUUUCCGUGUUUUUACCAUCAGGGUCAGAGAUUCCCAGCGGCAUGUGCUCCUGCAUUUCCAGGAAGUAUCGGAGGAUUGAGGAGCAGCAGAAGCUUGAAACUAGAGGAGGUAUUUAUCAGCUCAGUUUUCUUCCCUUAACAUUAUUUAAAUUACAAACGCAUCACUAUGACGUUUUUAUACAGCAUUUAUUUUUAUUUAUAGUCUUUAUUGCGCUGUCCUGCUUCACACUCCAAAUACUUUUCAUCUGCUUUGCAGCUUAAUUCUUGUCAUUUACAACAUUAUUAUUAGAAUAAUGUAAAAUCAUGUGGUUGUUUUUCAUCCCGCUCUUUAUUUCAAAGUAAACUCGGCCAAAUUUACUUCAAUCAUGUGUAAAGGGAAUAUUUUAAGCCAAGUUUCAGUUCGUUUUUUGCUUCCCAGAUAAGUGAAGACCUAAGAAGAGAUUCACACAUCCAGAAAUCAUUUGGAAAACACAGACAUGGACGGAUUGCACACCAAAGAUCUCCCAUGUAGGAUUUUAUUUAGUUGUUUAUAGUUUGAUGGAAGGCUGCUCAUUUUCCUUCUUCCUUGUAAUAAAAAUGAACCAAGGGGGACUUUUCUUUUCAGACCAUCUUUCCUGAUUUCUGUUAAUAAACUUUUAUGGGGAGAACUGAUGCAGUAUUACAGGAAAUGGCAGAAAGAUAAACAUGGAGGCGUUUCCUUCUCCAGUGCCUGCAUCUUUUAUCAUUUUGUUUAAAACUUUUUGUUCAGUAUUUAUGUACAAAUAUUCUUCUGUAAAAGUUUCUCGCUUGUGAACAUUUGCUGCUUUUCCUUGUUAUAAAAAUUCAGAUAAGUAAAUUA